AUGACUUCUAAAGAAAAUGAGUCGGAAAAUUCACAUUUCAUAGCGGAUCAAUCUGAAGAAGUCUCACAAAUAAGUAACAUCGAUGCAAACGAUUUAGAUGAAGAAACUAUUAAGAAACUACGUGGAGAUACCAUAGGAGAUACGUUAUAUAGCCAGUCCUUCAUUCUAAAGACCAUUUUACAAUUUUCUGAUUUGAAAUGGGAUGAAGAGGUCGAAGAACAUUUGUGUUUUUUGUGGGAUAUGACUGUGGAAAAAGACGUGUGUUCAUUUUUAUUGGAAAUAUCCUUCCCAUCACUAGCUACUAGUGCCGUUUUAAAUUACAGGGAUAAUCAGAGAUUUAUAGAAAUAGUUAUUGGUAUUUUAGGCAAUAUAUUUUGUUCUGGAUGUGAAAACGGUAUGACUAGUGAAGAAAUUUCAUCGAUUUUAAGUUGGGUAGAUUCAGAUGAUCAUUUAAUAUUAAUACAGCUUAUGCGUUUUAUUAGUGCAUCAUUAGAUACAAAUAAAAACUUAAUUGCAUUAAUAGAUAAGGAUUUUAUUGAGAAAAUUUGUUUUAUUUUAAAAAAUUCGAUAAACAGUGAUUUGUUAUUGAAAACAUUAGAAUGUGCGGCUAAAUUAACAGUUGAUUUUAAAAUGGAUGAAAGUUUAAUAGAUUAUAGUUUGUAUGAAUCAGUGUUGGUAUCUUACCAAACAUUAACUAGAAGCGAUAGCCAUUCAUUUGAACCUGAUACUAAAGAAAAACUUUUAACAGUUAGAUAUCUAUUAGAGGUUAUUACAAAUAUAUGCAGUUAUAUUGAUAGAUAUAAAAAAAAUAGUUUAUUGUUAGAUAUCCAAAAGGAUUCCAAUAUUUUUACUUAUGAAUUGAUCAAAAUUCUCAAAUUUUUCAGUCGAAAAGAGAACAUGUUACCAGUAACUGAUGAAAUUAUAUUUUUCCUUUCAGCUAUAAUGUAUACUUACACUAAUCUUAAGCUGAGCUAUAUACCAGAAAUAUUUGUAUCUGUAACUAACAUUUUGUUAAUCAUUGUUGAUUUUAAAGAUGAAAUUGAGGAACUUUACCAAUCUGUAUUAGAAUUAGAGUGCUACUUAAUUUCAUCCACUCAAUAUAAUAAUAUUAAAAAAGAUUUAAGAUCAGUAUCCAGACAGAAAGUUAAAAAAAUAUUGAAUUUAGUUAAUGAAAAUUAUAAAAAAUUCGAAUCGAUAGUAAAUGUUGCUAAUGUUAAUGAAUUUAUUCAAUGUUGUAAAUAA